UUUUCUAUAAACCCAUUUUUCUAGUUUGUCUUAUACAAAGAUACUCUCUCCAAUAAACUGGUACCUCAUUAACAGUCUUGUAAAAUUGAGGCGAUCGGCUCAGUGUUUGAUUUUCUACAUACUCACUUUUCUUAACACCCGGUAUGCUAAUUCAGUAGACUCGGUCGGUUGAGCAAAGAACAGCCCCCCUUCUCCUUCUCCAGUUGAUAGUUGGUACUAGAAACCGGGUUAUAUUGCACCAAAUUACAGCUCCUUCGUUGACUUCGUAGGUUUGCCAAACUAAGUCAAACGCCUUUUCUCUCUGCUCUCAAGUCGACUACAUUUCUGACGACCAAUCUUGUUACCGGACAAAGCAUAUAUAGAGAUGAGAGAUUAAUGAAUAGAGCUCUAGUCCAAUAAUACAAAACUCAUACUCAACAGUCUCAACUAGGCUUCUAUUCUUCUUCAUAUACAUCUGCUCAAGAUUAAUGGCACCUCAUCAUCAUUCAGUCAUCAACCACCCCUGUCAUCCCAAGCAUCCUCUCUCGCUCCUCUCUUCUCCACCCUAUCCUGGAGGAAUUUUUAACUGCGAUGCGUGUAGUCGUCCAGACAAGGGAUUCUGUUACCAUUGCAAAGAGUGCAAACUCGAUUUUCACGUUCAUUGCGCUUCUUUGCCUCUUUCUGUAAACCACAAUUCUCAUCCUCAACACCAUCUUACCCUAACAUAUGAAAUCCCUUAUCCAACCAAAGACUUUUCUUGCGAUAUUUGCAAGAACUCAGGAUCAAAGUGUUGGAUAUAUCGCUGUAAUUAUUGCGCGUUCGAUGCUCAUUUGAAUUGUGCAACGACCGCGGGUUCCACAUCCAUUCAGCGGAGUGUUUCUGUUCAGCAAUCACAGCCUGUGUUUCAACAUCAAGUUUCUGUUCAGCAAUCGCAGCCUAUGUUUCAACAUCAAGUUUCAUUACCAGGUUACAAUCAGCAAACACGUCAAGUAGUGCUUCAAAACCAUAACUCAUUUCCUGGUCCGGCACAGGCAAGGACCAAAGCUGCACCAACAGGGUACAACUGUGCGCCAAAUCAGAACCAGAAUUACUAUGCCAUGAAUGGCAAUCAACCAGGUUUUGGUCCACCAGCUCGUGCACAGCAGGCUAAUUUUCAAAAUCAACUUGGUAAUAAUCCUUCAAUGGGUGCAUCAAUGACUCAAGGGUUUUAUAAUGGUGUAGGACAACAGGCAGGGCAAACAUUCAUGCAGAGCAUGUUGGGGGGGUCAUCAUUAGGUGGUGGGAAUGACGAGUCGUCAUCAUCAUCUGCUUCUUCUUUGCUGAAACUUUUUCUAUUUUAGGGGCAAUGUUUUUUUUUGUAAUGUGGUUGCUAAUGUGUAAAGUUGAUAGCAUGUCUCAAAGGACUUGGGCUAAAGCAGGGCCAAAAUGUUUAUGUGUGUCUGUUUCAACUUUCUAGAUGUUUAAGUUUAAGUCAUGAAUCCCUCAUUUUAUGAUUGAUAGGAAUAUUGUUGAAUUUUUUGGGCACUACAAAAAAAAAAAAUUAAAUGAAAUAUUAUUGCUACCUAAACUAGA